GAAGAGUGCACCUACCAAAUGAGUCAAUGUAUAGAGCCAAUCAUUCUGUGGUGUCUGAGUUUGUGUUCCUGGGUCUCUCCAACUCCUGGGAGAUCCAGCUUCUUCUUUUUUGCUUUUCUUGUCUUUUCUAUAUGUCCAGUAUGAUGGGAAACCUCCUUAUAGUGGUCACUGUGACGUUCGACCCUUACUUACGCUCCCCCAUGUAUUUUCUAUUAGCCAACCUCUCCAUAAUUGACAUGAUAUUUUGCUCCAUUGCAGCACCCAAGAUGAUUUGUGAUCUUUUCAGGAAGCAGAAAGUCAUCUCUUUUGGGGGUUGUUUAGCUCAGAUUUUCUUUAGCCAUGCUGUCGGAGGUACUGAGAUGGUGCUGCUCAUCUCCAUGGCCUUUGACAGAUAUGUGGCCAUCUGUAGGCCUCUCCACUACCUGACCAUCAUGAGCCCACGACUGUGCAUUUUGAUUUUAGUGGUUGCCUGGACUAUUGGUCUCAUUCACUCUUCGGCCCAGUUGGCGUUUGUGGUAAACUUGCCCUUCUGUGGGCCUAAUGUAGUAGACAGCUUUUAUUGUGACAUACCUCGGCUCAUCAAACUUGCUUGCACAGACACCUAUAAGUUGGAGUUCAUGGUCACUGCUAAUAGUGGGUUCAUUUCCUUGGGUGCUUUCUUCUUGCUCAUUCUCUCUUACGUCUUCCUCCUGGUCACUCUUCAGAAACACUCCUCAGGUUGCUCAUCCAAGGCUCUUUGUACACUGUCAGCUCAUGUUAUUGUGGUGGUUUUAUUCUUUGGUCCACUGAUUUUUUUCUAUGUGUGGCCCUUGCCUUCAACACAUCUGGAUAAAUUUCUAGCUAUAUUUGAUGCAGUUUUAACUCCAUUUCUAAAUCCAGUCAUUUACACAUUCAGGAACAGAGAGCUGAUGAUGGCAAUAAGGAGAGUGUUCAGUCAGGUUAUGGGUUUUAGAAAAAAUCACUAAGUGGCUUUAUUGAAACACAAAAUUUCCAAGUG